AUGGCAACGGGUGAUACCGUUCAGCCCAUCCAGGUUCCCCUCCUGGAUUUGUUGUUCUCUUUGGCUUCUUCUCUCUUCAACCUCUCUACGACCAACUUUUUCACCCUCCCCUCUUUGGCCUUCGUCGUGGCCGUCCGUUCAUUUUCCAUACUUUUGGAUAUCGCUGGUGGUCGCUUCAAUUUGAUCUCAAUCGUUCCUUUUCUGCCUGGCGCGGAUUCAAUGACCCUCGCCCAAGGUGUUUAA